GCUGUGCUGCCUGUCCCCCAAAAUAACGUCAGGCCAACAAAACAUCCCUGCGGAAUUUGUUUGGCGACUUCUGUUUCCCAACGUGAUGAUAUUUAUAGGGUGACAUUUGUGUCCCUGUGCCAGUGGGUCCGCUCUGCAGCGGGUAAUUUAAAAGGUGGGAACCCAGGGAGGAAACCAGUCCUAAUGGGGCAAGUCCUGGCCCUGCAUGGCAGGAGAGACUCCUUACUGGCUGGGGCUGAGUUCAGGGUCGCAGUUUAACAAAUGAAUUAUUAAAACCUCAGAGGUAAUAUUGUCCUGGUGUAGGUCUGCUUAAACUGCUACAGUGUCAGGAUUUUUGUGAAUUUAAAAGCCAGUAUGGCUUAUAACUCCCUGGGCCUGAGUCUUGUCUGGUCUCACUUUACACCAGUUUUACAGCUGUGUGCUUCUGCUGACUCCAGUGGAGUUAGUCCUGAUUUUUACCCCUGUGAGAGGAGAAUAAGUUCAUCUGUGUUUCUGUGCCUGUAUUUGGAGUAAGGAGACAAAUAAGGGCUCUGUAUGAGACUUUUUUUUUAAAUGAUCUAUUAAAACUCAUCGCAAAAUCCUUCAUUACAAGAAAUGGAAACUUUCAGAUGAAUCUGUGAGUGAGGCUUGUGGCAUUUCUAGAUGAAGAAAUUUAAGCAGAGAAGUCCACUGAGUUCUGGGUUUAUUUGAGAUGGACUAGGAAGUACCCUCCGCCACCUGAAAGAGAAAAAUAGCUUUUUACUUACCUUCAGACGAUCAGUUUGCAUUAUGGGGUCAGUAUUUUAGGUUCGCUAACAAAUGGAUGAAAGCCUUUCUGAAGAGUCUUGUGGUGGUGGUGAUUAUUUAGAGAAUGAAGAUCAGAAAAAGAGACACCUAUCUGGUUCCAGUUCAUCAAAAGAUAUUAGGAAGGCAGUUGAAGAUACACUAUCUACUCCUUCAAAUAGUCUAGAUUUGAGUAGGAAAAAACUUCAGCAUCUUACUGAGGAAAUAUACAAAUUACCCAACCUUAAACAUUUGCAUCUGGAAGGAAAUGCUUUAGCCAUAAUUCCUAAGGAUUUAUUUCAGCAGCUGCCAAAUCUUGUUUGGCUGGAUCUCCGGUAUAACAAAAUUAAAACUCUUCCCUCUGGAAUUGGAUGUCACAAGCAAUUGAAAACAUUACUUUUAGAAAGAAAUCCUAUAAAAAGGCUGCCAGUGGAGCUUGGUAAUUUAACUUCAUUGACAGCACUGAAUCUAAGGCAUUGCCCUCUGGAGUUUCCACCUAAAGAUGUUGUACAGAGGGGACUGCGGUCCAUUCUGUGCUUUCUCCGGAAUGUUGGUAAUGGAAAAGUUGUCAAUUUAGAACCAGAUACUCAAGAAUUGCCUUCUAUGCUACAAGAAGACGCAAAGGCCAUUGUUAAAGAAUACAGGAGAAAGUCAAAGAGAUACCCUGCUCUUAGGAAAGCAUUCACUGGUCCAUGGAAACAGAUGAGCUUCAUUAAAAUGCCACCUGUUGAAAAGUUAAAUUUAACUGAGUUGAUGAAAUCCAGUUUGGAUUUGUCAGAUGAGUGGCCUAAUGAAGAAGAAAUGCUACGAUUUCAGAAGCUGAGGGAGGAAAUGGUGAAAGAUGAAAAGGAAGAAUUUCUUGCUAACCAAGAUUUAAAUCCUAAAGCCACAAUGCAGGAGUUUGCUGAGUUCAGAAAAAACGGCAGAAAGAAAGAGAGGCUCUACAACAAAUCAGCGACUCUUUCCAGGAAGAAGUUCUCACAGAAGAAUAUAUUUUCUGAGUUUCACUCAUAUGAUAAGAUGAUUCAAGCAAAGCGAGCUGAAGAGUUCAGAUUGGCUGUGCAAAAGGAACUAAAAGAGACACAGGCUUUAAUUGAACAGCACAGAAAAGAUAAAGAAGUGCUUCGGGAAUGGAGACAGCGUGCCAAGAUGAUGAAGGAGAAGAAAGAAGUAUUGUUCAGGUAUUCACCUACAAGAGCAGACAUGAUAUCAAAAAGUGCACCAUAUGCUACUGAUAACAUCAAUUAUCACAAUACAAGAGAAGGGUGUGAAAACCUAAAGAAACGCACACCUGAAAAAAGUGAACAUGUGAGAAGAAUGUUGAAAGUAAAUUCUAUAAGAGAAGCUGAAGCUGCAAGUGCCUCCAGGGAAAAAGAAUUGGAACAACGCAUCAAACAUCAUACACAAAUGAUAAAAGAAAGAAGAAAAAAGUCAAAAGGGACACCCCAAGAGGAAAUGCAGAGAGCAAAACAAGACUUUGAAACUGUGGAAAAGCUUCAGGCUGAGCUAGCACAAGUAAAACAAGAACUUCAGCAGGAGUAUCGGUUUACUGCCUUCACAGGCGAGCCUGUUCCUGAUUCACCGAGAAUGCCACCUCAUAAUAUCUUUUCUACCAUGAAAUUUUGAUUGCCUGAAAUUCUUAAAAGAACAUUUGUCUUACAGUAUCCAUCUUAAAAGAACAUUUGUCUUACAGUAGCUUUACAGUAUUGGAAAGCUGCUUUUCAGCAGGCUUUAAAAGUGCUCCUUUUAUUACC